GUUGCACACGACCCCACACGACCACGACCUGUUCAUUCUUUUUUGAAUUAGUGUCUUUCGUCAUGUCUGGCGCCUUUCUCAAAGCUGUCUCGGCCGCAAUGGAAAGAAUUGCUCCACUCAGGCUUGCUGAAUCCUUCGAUAACGUCGGACUACUUCUCGAAACCCCUCUAAAACAAUCAAAACGACAUCGGGUGAUGCUCACAAUCGACCUCACUACUGCUGUGGUCGAGGAAUCUAUAACGAAAGAGGCUUCAGUGAUCGUAGCUUAUCAUCCGACUAUCUUUGGCGCUCUCAAGUCUUUCACAAUGGCGAAUCCUUUACAAGCUUCUUUGCUUCGAUGUGCUGCCCACGGGAUAUCAGUUUAUUGCCCUCACACUGCUCUGGAUUGUACAUGGGGAGGUAUAAAUGACUGGCUUGCCGAGGGAAUCAUGGGCGGAAACGGAAAUCACGCACCGGGAACUGUGCGCCCUCUCCAAGUGGAGAAAUUCUCGCCCGGCGGCGAGAGUGAAGGCGCGGUAGGAAGGCUCGUAGCUUUGCAGACUCCAGUCACCAUGAGUGUUCUCGAGAAAAGGGUAAAAGAACAUUUGAAGCUAUCGCAAAUUCAAGUGGGAUAUGCAUCCACCAGAGACGGAUUACGGUCCUCAGCCACUGUUGAAACAAUUGCUAUCUGUGCGGGAAGUGGUGGGUCAGUUUUCGCUGGUAAAAAAGCCGACGUGUACUUUACCGGCGAAAUGCAACACCAUGAAGUCCUGGCGGCAGUCGCUGCAGGAACCAACGUCAUUUUAUGCGGUCAUACAAACACUGAACGUGGUUAUCUUCCUGUACUUGCCUCUAAGCUUCAAGCCCAGCUACACGCUGCAGCGUUCGACGAACCUUUUGACAUUGUUGUCAGCAACACUGAUAAGCAUCCACUCGAGUUUGUGUAGUACUCAGGAGCUUGUACUUGGAAGCAAUGGUUUUUUUGUUCAGUAGGCCAGGUGCAAUUGGAGUUAGGAAGAAGAUUCAAGACUUGAAUGAACUGAAUUGUUUUACAUGAAUAUGUAUAAUUGUGGGAGCUCAUGAUAUUGCAUCAACUACCCUUUCACGCGGGUGAAAUCAUACUCAGCUGUUGAACCAGCGGGAAAAUGAGUGACCGGAUGAUACCGCCGAUGAAAGAAGUAAAAAGGGGGGAAGAGAAAAGGGACAAUCAGAGAAGGGGGAAACAAUACCCCUGAGUGGUCUAAACUUCGUCUGCGACGUCCACUGAGCCAGGAGAUCAAUGUACGACAAGAAAGGGGAGCUAUUGUCUCAUGCUUGCAUCGAGAGUAUAAGAACCCGCCUGCUCCUCAGAUCAUU